AGGACGGUCGCCACACUCACCACUCUGGUCAUCAGAGCAUGAGGCCGAAAGCUAGCGAGACCACACUUGCACGGACUCGACUUUCGGCCACUGUCACGCGCUCUCCUGGAUUUGCGCGUGCACUAUAUGGCCACUCCAGUCUAUCCGUCCCUGAGACCCUGAAGCUCUUCUUGAUUUUAAUUUCUCCCUUCGUCAACCCCCCAUCGACCGGCAUGGCGUGCUCGCAUGAAUAAUAUCGCCAUGCCAUCAGAAAAAUUCAGAAUCAAAGCGAGCUGAUGAGACUCUGUAGUCGAUCUCUAGAGCUCUACCUCCCUAUCUCUAAACCCCGCAUCGCUUUCGUGCUUAUCGCUGACAAUUAUUCCAUGCUCUCGUUUCAACGGCCACGAUCCACCGACCCAUACUAGCUAGCUUCCCUUGUUGCUGACGCUACCUGCAUGCACCUGACGUCGUCGGCUUCCUUCUAGCUAGAGCUCGCGCUCUAUAAAGCUCCAUCGCCACCCCACACGUGACACCCUGCCUCUCACACUGCACAUCCCUGGGUACUGUUCAACCUGCACGAUCGAUCGAGGCGAGAUGAUCGGGUGGGGCGACGUGUACAAGGUGGUGGCGGCGACGGUGCCGCUCUACUUCGCGCUGUUCCUGGGGUACGGGUCCGUGCGGUGGUGGCGCAUCUUCACGCGGGAGCAGUGCGACGCCGUGAACCGCCUGGUGGCCUUCUUCGCGCUGCCCUUCUUCACCUUCGAGUUCACUCUGCACACCGACCCGUUCCAGGUCAACUACCGCGCUGUCGCCGCCGACGUCAUCUCCAAGGCCGUCCUCGUCGCCGUCAUCGCCUGCUGGGCCAGGUUCGCCGCCGCCAAGGGCGCCGGCUGCGCCGUCGGCUGGUCCAUCACCGGCUUCUCCCUCUCCACGCUCACCAACUCGCUCGUCGUCGGCGUGCCCAUGGCCCGGGCCAUGUACGGCGAGUGGGCGCAGCAGCUCGUCGUCCAGCUCUCCGUCUUCCAGGCCAUCGUCUGGCUCACGCUCCUGCUCUUCGUGCUCGAGGUCAGGAAGGCCGCCAUAGGCAUGUACGUCGCCGCCGCGGACGACUCCCCGGCCGUCAAGGACGUCGAGGCCGCCGAUGGCGCCGUGCCCGUCAGCUCCAUCGGCGGCGGCGGCAAGCCGUCGCUCUGGGCGCUCGUCAAGGUGGUGGCGCACAAGCUGUCGCGCAACCCCAACACGUACGCCAGCUUCGUCGGCAUCACCUGGGCCUGCGUCGCCAACAGGCUGCACAUCGAGCUGCCCAGCGCCUUCGAGGGCUCGGUGCUCAUCAUGUCCAAGUCGGGCACAGGAAUGGCCAUGUUCAGCAUGGGGUUGUUCAUGGCGCAGCAGGAGAAGGUGCUGGCGUGCGGGCCGUGCUUUGCGGCGCUGGGCCUCGUGCUCAAGUUCGCGCUCGGCCCGGCCGCCAUGGCCAUCGGCUCCAUCGCCGUCGGCCUCCGCGGCGACGUCCUCCGCGUCGCCAUCAUACAGGCUGCACUACCUCAAUCCAUCACAUCAUUUAUAUUCGCAAAAGAAUAUGGGUUGCAUGCUGAUGUUCUCAGUACCGCGGUUAUUUUUGGGAUGCUUGUCUCCUUGCCGUUGCUAGUUGGAUUUUAUAUUGUUUUAGAGUUAAUUAGAUAGACAAGGGUGCACAGCCUUAAGCCUAAUGAUGAAACACGUUCUUCCCUUGAAGCUGCCCAAACAUGCAUACUGACAAGUGCUGAGAAAUGUCUCCUGCUUUCUUUCCUCAUUGCACAAAACUGCAAAGGGAGUUAUUGAGUAAUAUCAAAUAUGUUUUGACACGUAUUAUGUACGAAGAAUGCUUAUUCAUUCUGUUAUUAAAAUGAAUGUGUAGCAUGCAGAUUUGAUUU